AGUCAGCAGGGGCUUGCAGGGAGAAUCAAACAUUCAUUUGAUUUUGGGGCAGUUGAGCGAAAAAAUCGACCUCAGAUGGUGCCUAUUCGUAUGGAUUUUGGAUGUAUUUUUAUGAGGUGAACUCUAGGUGAAUUAGAGAAUUCUCUGUCGAGAACUGACAAUGGCAAGUUUGAGGUUGGACAUUGGUCAUUCCCGCAAUACAAUGGAUACUGGAAUAUUAUGAGUAAAUGAGCAACUGAUGGCUAGUAGACCAAAAGCUUCAUUCUCUGUAUAUUGGUUGUUCCGCUGAACUACAGUAGGUUAGCACUACUCGCCAAUGGGGAUGAUAGUAAAAUGUCAGAAAUCAUUAAAUAAAUCUCCAGAAACGACGGUUAUUCCUGUCUACUGAUGGCUAGUGUAUAUUGACAAUUAACGAAGGUCAAAAUUCUCUAGUAAUAUGUAUCGUGAGAACUUGAUAAGUUCUAUUGUUUCUACAGAAGAAAAACAUCCUACAAAGCUGGAAUUAUGACUUUCAGUGUUGUGAGUUAGAGCUGCUUUUAGAUGUUGACGCGUUCAUAUUAAUAAAAACUGGGAACAAGAAAUAUAUUGACAAUAGCCCUGGAACCAGUAUUUCAUCUUAUAUUGCUGAUAUUGUGAGCUUGAAUGCUUGGGAAGAAAACUUCUUGAGCAAGUUCUAUGAGAUGGUGACUCUUUCAUAAUAAAGAUGCUUUUAUCGAACUUGAACUUGGAAGUGUUAGAAAGCUCUCUGUUUAAGUUUAUAUGAGAGAAAAAAAAUGCACUGUUUAUCUUUCCAGAAUUGUGUAAAGAAUUAUUUUUUUAAUAGAGCUUUUGUGCAUUCCAUGCCAUUGUCUACAACUCACCUGUGAGAUUCAUGUUUAAAUGUUCCCCAUUUAUUGAAGGAAUACCAAGUAUUGAGGGUCAGCAUGAAGAAAGCUAAAAAAGGAUAUGUUGCACUUGGUGGAAUCAAUCAUCCUUCAGAGCCAGCUGACAACACCCAUCUACCAAAGGCAACAAGCGAUUGCAUACAGAGUUACCACAACCCCAGGGGUGGGGGUACCGAUGACCACCCCGCCACCAGCCCCGCCCUCCCCAAACAGAAACCCACCUCUGAAAACCAGGAUGAGAUAGAGGCCCUAAUAACAUCCGGGGAGGAUGCCCCGUCCCCCUGCUGCGCGGAGGAGAAUGGGGUUAAGAACAGGGAUGUCGUGAUCGAGAUGAAGCCGUGGCUGGGUUCUUCCUUGGUGAAGGAUGCUGGGAAGGCUGAAGUCGGAAGAUGUAUGAUAACAGUCAUAGGGAUGACCUGUGCCUCCUGUGUGAAUACAAUAGAAAAGACACUCAUCAAGCAAAGGGGUAUUGAAAGUGUGACUGUUUCUCUGAUAGCUCAAAAGGCAGAGGUGAAGUACCAGGUUGCCAUGGUAACCCCUCCAGAGAUCGCAGUGAUGAUAGAAGAUAUGGGAUUCGAUGCGGAGGUGAAAGAGGAACAGAAGGCUGAUGGGGAAGAAACACUGACUCUAAUUAUCAACGGCAUGGAAUGUGCUUCCUGUGUAAAUAACAUUGAGAGUCUGACGAAGGCAUUGGACGGGGUCAAAGAUGCGUCUGUUGCCUUGACAACAUGUAAAGGUGUCUUUCGCUAUGAUCCGGCAAUCAUUGGGCCAAGAACCAUCAUGGAUGCUAUAGAGGAUGCUGGCUUUGAUUGUGAGAUCAGUACAGAAGAGAAUCAGAUAAACUUGGCUAAUCAACACAUGAAAACCAUCAAGAAGUGGAGGACAUCAUUCCUCAUUUCACUCAUCUUCGGUGUGCCAGCCAUUACAACGAUGCUCUACUUCAUGAUCUCAAAGAAUCACAUCAUCGUCAUCCCUGGACUCUCCCUGGAGAAUCUCAUUCUAUUCAUUUGUGCAACUAUGGUCCAGUUCCUGGGUGGCCGGUACUUUUAUGUGCAAGCGUACAAAGCACUCAAACAUCGCACUGCCAACAUGGACGUCCUCAUCAUGAUGGCGACAUCGACUGCGUACGUUUACUCCCUCAUCGUUGUCCUCGUCGCCAUAGGUCGUCAGGAGCAGGGUAGUCCGAUGACCUUCUUUGACACUCCCCCGAUGCUUCUGGUCUUUGUUUCGCUGGGACGGUGGUUGGAACACAUUGCUAAGGCCAAGACGUCCGACGCUCUGUCCAAGCUCAUGUCCCUCCAGCCUGCCGAGGCCAUCCUGGUGGAACUGGGUCCAGAGAACCAGGUCCUGAAAGAGCGUCAGAUUAGCGUGGAACUGGUCCAGAGGGGUGAUGCACUCAAGGUGGUCCCGGGUUCCAAGAUACCUGUUGACGGUGAGGUGGUUGAUGGGAUAUCGUCGGCUGAUGAGGCUCUGAUUACAGGAGAGUCUAUGCCAGUCAGUAAAAAACCAGGUUCCAAGGUUAUUGGUGGCUCUAUAAAUCAGACUGGUGUUUUGAUCAUGGAGGCUACUCACGUUGGUAAAGACACAACUCUGGCACAAAUUGUCAAAUUGGUGGAAGAUGCACAAACUUCAAAGGCACCAAUUCAGCAGAUUGCAGACAAGAUAUCAGGCCUCUUUGUUCCGACCAUUCUCUUCCUCUCUAUCGGCACAUUGUGUAUCUGGAUAACCAUUGGAUUUCUGGACAUUGAAAAAGUCCCUAUAUACUCCCCACCUGCUGAAAAUUCUACCGAAGAGACGAUUCAGCAAGAGAGGAUGGAGACCAUCUUCUCCUUUGCCUUUGAGCUUGCCAUUGCCGUCAUGGCGAUUGCCUGCCCCUGCGCCCUAGGUCUGGCAACCCCUACUGCUGUGAUGGUAGGCACCGGGAUGGGGGCACGUAAUGGCAUCCUAAUCAAAGGGGGCGAACCCCUGGAAAUGGCUCACAAGGUAAAGACUGUUGUCUUUGACAAGACAGGCACCAUCACCCAUGGUAAACCAAGGGUUAUGAGGACCAAGCUCUUCGCUGCCGGGUUGGACACCAUGACAGAGGAGGAAUUCUUAGCCAUAUGUGGAACAGCAGAGUCUGGCAGUGAACACCCUCUUGGGAUGGCCAUCUUGAAGCAUGCAAAGGAGAUGUUGCAGGCAGACCAGGUCGGUCGAUGCUCAGACUUCAAUGCCGAGCCGGGCUACGGACUCCGUUGCACCGUCAGUCACAUCACAGCCAUGUUGAAAAAUUUUCCCACGAUGCAAUUGCUUGCCAACAAAAAUGAAGAAAUUGAGAAAUGUGAAGAAAUCCAGAAAGCUUCAAUUCAGAAGAAUGAAUUCACAGUACUUAUUGGAAACAGGGAAUGGAUGAAAAAGAAUGAAUUGACGGUCACAGACGAUAUGAAUGAUGCAUUAGGUCAUAACGAAGCCCAGGGACAUACCGCAGUAUUAGUAGCAGUAGAUGAUCAAAUUGUUGGGAUGAUCGCCAUUGCUGACACCGUAAAGCCAGAAGCCCAACAAGCCAUACAAACACUGAAAGAUCUAGGUCUUGAUGUAGUAUUACUCACAGGUGAUAACAGGGUUACUGCUAAUGCUAUUGCUAAACAGGUCGGAAUAUCCCAAGUCUUUGCAGAGGUUCUCCCUCAUAAUAAGGUUGAAAAGAUCACUGAACUGCAGGAGAAAGGUCAGCGUGUUGCCAUGGUAGGAGAUGGGGUCAAUGAUAGCCCCGCCCUGGUGAAGGCUGAUGUAGGCAUCGCCAUAGGAACAGGGACGGAUGUGGCUGUAGAAGCCGGAGACAUUGUUCUUAUUAAGAGUGAUCUGAUGGAUGUUGCCGCGGCGAUCGAUCUUUCAAAACACACCGUCAGAAGGAUCUACAUCAACUUCUUCUUCGCCUGUAUCUACAACUCAAUCGGAAUUCCAAUUGCAGCUGGUGUCCUUGCUCCAGUCAAUAUUUUCUUACGUCCAUGGAUGGCUUCAGCUGCUAUGGCAAUGUCUUCUGUUUCCGUGGUGACCUCAUCCCUCGUGCUCAAACUGUACAAAAAGCCAAUGUACAAUAGCACAUCUGCUAAGGUUUGAGGUCAUUACUAUUCUCUGCUACCACACAACAUCCAACUCUACUACAGUGCAUUUGGGUGAAGCUAGUCAUGCAGUUUUAACUUUCUAAUAGGUCAUUUAAGAAACUUUGCAAACAUUUUAUUUUCCCUUCAAUGCGGUUCAGCAUUAAGAAUGAUGAUUUUUCCUCAAAGUUAUAAACGUUUGAAAUGUAAUUUAAUGCCAUUUACAUCAAGUGAGUGUUAAAUAUGUAUUGAAUUUUUGAAGUUCUUGAUUGACCCUGUUAAUAUAUACCUUCCUGUAUUAUCCAGAUUAAAUUCUCACAGAUGAAUUAAAUUGGAUUAUUUUAGUCGGAACUAAUUAAAAUUUUUCUAGGGAAGUGUCGUUGAACUUUUCAUGAUGACUUUCUUACUUUCCAUGAUGGAUAAUUUUUUAAAUAAUUAAAGUGACUAACUUUCGUAGAUCUUAAGAUUGUAUCCACUCAGUCUUCUAGCAGAUGGUCAACACCAUCACGGAUAAACCCACUUGGUCUACUAUAAAUUAGAUGUAACAAUCACUUGGUCUCAUAAUCACUACUUAUGCUUUCCGUCAAUUAGUCUGAUGUCUAAGUGAUCUCGUUUCCACUCUUUGCAUGUUGUCUCAUGGUUCAUAAACAGUUUAUCUACCAAAAAUUGUAUAGACUAGGUGGUUUUAGGCCAAGUGGAUAUGAGAAGGAUUGGUUACAGCCGAUGUGAAAAUUAGGAAGAAUGAUAAAUUGCAACUACACCAAUUGUUUACAGUUGAACUGGUUGUACAUUAGUCAGAAUUAGACCAUAUGGGAUGAAACCUAACAAAAAAAAUACAAAUAUGAUGUAGAUUAAACGGCAAUUUUUGUUUCUCUAAUGAUCACUUUAACCUGACAUGUGAGAAGCUUUCAAGAUAUUUAUUGAAGCAGGGAUAGAUAUGCAUGUAAAAAGUAUUUAAGAUAUAUGAAUUAUUUAUACAAACUGCAAGCAGAAUAUUCUUUUGUCCAUGUUUGAAAAUAGAAGUAAUGUCAAUAUAUAAGUGUCAUCCUAAUAUGCAACCGCAUGAAAAUACAUAUAUCUAGUAAAUGUGUAUUCAGAACUAUUUUUUUUUUCAUUACCAUGCAUAUUUAAGUUCAAAGAAACUUUGAAUAAACAAAUAUAUUUAUGAACUUAUUUAACACAAACAUUUUAAACUGGAUUUAUAUCGAUAUUCAGUAUCUGAGAAGUUGAACAGUGUAUACAGUAAUUGCAUGUGUAUGGAACAUGUAAACUUGAUAGUAAUUGGGUAUACAAAAAAUGUUAAUCACUAGGUAACUAAAUCUGCAUACUAAAAUGAACAGCUAUUGUAAGCCGAGUUCUAACUUGUUUUGAUGGAAAAGUAUGCAUUUUUUUAGUAUCUAUCGUUGACCCUUUAAGUUAGGAACAUGUAAUAUCGCUUUCUUUGCCAAAUUGAAUGUAUUCAUUAUCAGUACUCGGCUCUGUCUCAGAGUGAUAAGCAUACAUUGUAUGUACAAGGACUCAAAAACUAGAGUCUGUUCCAUUUCUUUCACCAAUGGUGACCGUUUGCUUAAUUUAACGUCCUUAGGUAUCACAUUCAGCGUAGUAUCAUUACAUAAUGAUUGAUUGCGAAUCUGUUAGCAAUGGCUGUUUCCAUUGAAGUUAUUAGAUGCCUUGUGUAUUAACGAGGCUCAUUUGAAUUCCUAUAUGAUUUUCUGAUGUAGUCUCUGCCAAUAUUUUAGCAAUUUUAGAAGUAGCCUUGUAUGUAUGUUUGAUCUUGCCACAGUGACUACUUGUAAAUUUGAAGACGGCACAGUUGGUAAAAACUAUGGCACAAAUGUAUGUUUACUUUGUAAAUAUGUCUUCCAUUUUUGUUGUAUCCAUUCCACUAUUAUGUUUUGCUCAAUGAUGUUUGUGACAAAUGUUAACUUGUUUGGAGACAAAUACCACAAGAGGCUUAAGGCAAGUGAAAUAGAAUCGGUUUAAUGUGGCAGAUCAGGGCCGCAUAUCACAAAGCUUAAUAAUUGAUUGUAGAACUUUUUUUUAAUUGAUUGAUUGAUUGCGUUUUACCAAAAUGUACACUAGCUUUAUAUCAAUCAGCUUAAUUAUUUGCACGCUGAAUUAAUUUUUUUUUUGGGGGGGUAAUAAUGACAAUUGUUUCCAUGUUAUUUUCUUUAAUUCAAGAUAUCCAUAUUGCACCAUUGAUACUUAUUAUUAUAUAGAUAUCAUCCAAGAACUAUUGCCUUUUAUCAGCUUAUCUAAUUGGAAGGUAGGGGAGAAAACUAAUUAUUUUAAUUGUUGAAUUUAAUUGUACGAAUGUGCAAAAUUGCAACAUCAGCACGCAAAGGGUUAAAGAUGAUUGGUAGCCAAGACACAUGUAGCAUUUCUACAAAUGUGAUGAUUGUCUACAGUACAUAAUUUCAGCAAUAUUCAUCUUGGAAGAUUAUUCUGGAAUAAUUUUUCCCCAGUAUGUGUUAUCAGUCUUGAUAGUCUACAUCAUAUCAUUGAUCAUGAUAAAUGUGAAUCACUUUUUUAAAGUUAUAGAAUAUUUUGUGUAUACUUUAUUUAGUUAAUACUUUAUUUCACAGUGUACACAUUACCAGAUUCAUUUGCAGAGAAAACAUUUCAGAGCAAAUGGGGGGGGGGGAGAUGAUGAGAGGGCACUUAAGUUGUUGCUGUUGAUAUUAGAAUUAACAUAUCAUCUGUUCGUGUGAAACUACAUGUAACUCCUUGUGAGAGUAUAAGAAAGUUUCAUUCUACCUUCAAUACUAACUGAAGAUUAUUAAUAACAAUCUUGUUGAUUGUUUCAGGGCAUCUAUUUUCAUCCAUUUCAGGCUUAGAAACUCUAUAAAUGAGUUAUUGUAUUUCACUGAACCAUUAUUGGAAAUGGUGUAUUUUUAAUGUAAACUUUGCAAUGUGCAUAUGUAUCUUUUGUAUUGUAUUGAUUUUUGAGCAGCAGAGUAUUUUUUAUUUUCAAUAUUAAAUCAUGCUCUGUUUGCAUGGAUUUUUGCCACAGA